CCCAAGAUUGUGAUAGAAUGUUCCAGAAGUCUUUUGGUCUCUUGCGACUCUCACGCGAUUAUAUAUAUAACGAAUUUGUGCGCGCGUCCCGUCACUCACGUUGCGAAUCGUUGUAGGAUAAAGUACUUCAUUUCUUCUUCACGUCUUUUUAAAUUAAAUUUAAUAAAGAUUAACAAAAAUGGCAACCAAAGCACCCGCAGUUGGUAUUGAUCUUGGAACAACUUACUCAUGUGUCGGAGUUUUCCAACAUGGAAAAGUUGAAAUUAUCGCUAACGACCAGGGAAAUCGCACCACACCUAGUUAUGUUGCAUUUACUGACACGGAGCGUCUUAUCGGAGAUGCUGCCAAGAAUCAAGUUGCGAUGAAUCCCAAUAACACCAUUUUUGAUGCCAAGCGUUUGAUUGGUCGUCGCUUUGACGAUCCCACAGUUCAGGCUGACAUGAAACAUUGGCCAUUCACUGUAAUUAGCGAUGGUGAUAAGCCAAAAAUCGAGGUCCAUUAUAAAGGAGAAAAGAAGACUUUCUUCCCAGAGGAAGUGAGUUCGAUGGUCCUGGUGAAAAUGAAGGAAACUGCUGAGGCAUAUCUUGGCAAAACCGUCACUAACGCUGUGAUCACUGUACCUGCUUAUUUCAACGACUCGCAGCGUCAGGCAACAAAAGAUGCUGGAACCAUCUCCGCCUUAAAUGUAUUGCGUAUUAUUAAUGAACCAACAGCGGCCGCUAUUGCUUAUGGUCUUGACAAAAAAGCCGUUGGCGAACGUAAUGUUCUUAUUUUUGAUCUUGGCGGUGGUACAUUUGACGUUUCAAUUCUCACCAUUGAAGAUGGUAUUUUUGAAGUAAAAUCAACAGCCGGCGAUACACAUCUUGGCGGUGAAGAUUUUGAUAAUCGAAUGGUGACACAUUUUGUACAGGAAUUUAAACGUAAAUAUAAAAAAGAAUUGACAAGCAAUAAACGUGCAUUACGUCGUUUAAGAACAGCAUGCGAAAGAGCAAAGAGAACACUUUCAUCAUCAACACAAGCAAGCAUUGAAAUUGAUUCAUUAUUUGAGGGUACUGAUUUUUAUACAUCAAUAACGCGUGCACGUUUUGAAGAGCUUUGCGCCGAUUUAUUCCGCGGUACACUUGAACCAGUUGAAAAAUCAUUGCGCGAUGCAAAAAUGGAUAAAUCACAAAUUCAUGAUAUUGUACUUGUUGGUGGUUCAACGCGUAUUCCAAAAAUUCAAAAACUCCUUCAGGACUUUUUCAAUGGCAAGGAACUUAAUAAAUCGAUAAAUCCAGAUGAAGCCGUGGCUUAUGGCGCUGCUGUACAGGCUGCUAUUCUUCAUGGUGAUAAAUCAGAGGAGGUACAAGAUCUUCUUCUCUUGGAUGUUGCUCCAUUAUCCCUUGGUAUUGAAACAGCUGGAGGUGUAAUGACUGCACUCAUUAAGAGAAACACCACCAUUCCCACUAAACAAACGCAGACAUUUACAACUUAUUCCGACAAUCAACCCGCUGUAUUGAUUCAGGUCUAUGAGGGAGAACGCGCAAUGACAAAGGACAAUAAUCUAUUGGGAAAAUUCGAAUUGCGAGGAAUUCCACCAUCGCCACGUGGUGUACCACAAAUUGAAGUGACAUUUGAUAUUGACGCAAAUGGAAUUUUAAAUGUAUCGGCUGUUGAUAAAUCAACUGGUAAAGAGAAUAAAAUUACAAUUACAAAUGACAAGGGACGUCUCAGUAAAGAGGAUAUUGAACGAAUGGUGAAUGAAGCUGAGAAAUAUAGAAGUGAAGACGAAAAACAAAAGGAGACAAUUGCAUCGAAAAAUGGCCUGGAGUCAUAUUGCUUUAAUAUGAAGAGCACCGUCGAAGACGAAAAAUUAAAGGACAAAAUAAGCGCGAGCGACAAACAAGUUGUCCUCGAUAAAUGUAAUGACAUUAUUAAAUGGCUUGACGCUAAUCAAUUGGCUGAUAAGGAGGAAUUUGAACAUAAACAAAAGGAACUUGAAGGUGUGUGCAAUCCAAUUGUCACUAAACUCUAUCAAGGAAGUGGCGGUAUGCCAGGUGGUAUGCCAGGAGGAAUGCCAGGCGGUUUCCCAGGUGCUGGUGGCGCUGCUCCAGGUGGUGCUGCACCAGGUGCCGGUGGAGCAUCAGGACCCACCAUCGAGGAAGUUGAUUAAAUAACAACAAAAAAAUUUUUAGAAACCUUUUUCUUUUUUUUACUCCUUGCACUGCCAAAUUUUCUCAUGUGGGAGUAAGAAAUAAAAAAUUAAAAAAAAAAAAAAUGUUUGUAACUUGAAUCCUAAUAUCCAUUUUUCAUUUUCACAAAGUGACAUUUUAAAAUUUUUUCUUAAAACUAUAUUUUAUAAUAUGCAAAGUCAUAUUCUAUAAAAUAUAAUUUUAUGAAGCGUGUUUUAAAAAUUAUAUUUUAUAGAAUUUGACAUUUUAUAAAAUAAUUUUUAAUCACAUAUAUACUUUUUCAAAAUGUGGACUUUUCUGAAUUUGAAAUUUUUCUUUUUAAUAUCUUCGUUUCAUUAAAUGUGAGGGGAAAUAUUUAUUAUUAACGACGAAGAUUAUUAAUGUUUUUUGUUAAAUUAGUUUUCAUUCUUUUUUUUUUAUUCUUACAGGAGAAAACAGUGUCAUCAAUCUUGUAUCAGUGAAUAAUUUCAGUAAACAGUAUUUUUUAAUUUAA